UCGAAUCUGAACACCUCCUGUCUGUCAAUGAUUGGGUGGUUCGAUGUGUCUGCCUUGACAAGAUGAAGAGCGAAAUCAUUUUACCUAUCAUUUUUACCCUCACCGUGGCAGUGGCAGUGGCAGAGGGCGAAGUUUACAGAAAGCGACAGUGCAAAACGGGCAAAUAUUUCGAUACUUCCAUUAAACGGUGCAAACUUUGUUCAAUUUGUCCACAAGACCAAAUCGUUCGUAUACCGUGUGGUGGCACCAGUGACGUUCUUUGUGGCGAUUUUACGGAAUUCAGUGAAUUUAAUCAACAUGCAGGACAGGGUUUGGUUCAAAACACGACCUUGGCUAACAGAGACAAUCAGCACAACCAACAGGACACGCUGUCGCCACAGCCUGGCUGGAUAAACAUGACAGUGGUCAUUGUUUUGUCUCUAAUUGUAGCAUUUUUAACAUUUGGUGCCCUGACAUUCUAUUUAUGGCGCAAAAGGCAGGCGGGUACCAAGGAGAUCACCACCGUUGUCUACCAAAUAGAUCCGAUGUCGAACGAGACUGUGGCCAAUCCUCUGGCAACCACAUUCCCGCAGGACACAACUUGUCUGGAAACGAACACCUUUGUUCCUGAGCCAAGCACCUCUGGGGAAUGGAGGAGGUCACCCAAGAAGAAUGACUAUGUCAAACUUUUUCGUCCCUCCGACAAAAACUGUCGAGAGAUUGAUCUGGAUAUUGAAGAGAAAAGCAUGGGAAUCGUGUCAUCUGACAUGAAGGACACUGGAGCAAAUGGAACGUCAUCUCCAAUUUGAAGCUGUAGAAAAGAACUAAAUAUUAACCUAUAUUACAAAUUAAGUGCCAGGGCAUGACGGAGAAAGAUUAUAUACUUUAGCUGUGCUCAAGUAUAAUGUUUUGGAAAUCUUGGAGGUUAUGAGAGAUUUUGUUGUCUUUACAUUGCUUAUUGCUGUUUAUAAAGAUUUGGAAACGAUUUUGGUUUCUCACUUGCAUCAGGAGGAGAAUGGUUAACUACCUAGUGAGAUAAGGUGGUUUCCUCCUUUCAUCAGGAGGAGGAUGGUUAACUACCUAGUGAGAUAAGGUGGUUUCUUCUUUUGCAUCAGGAAGAGGAUGGUUAGUUACCUUGGGAGAUAUGGUGAUUUCCUCCCUGCACCAGAAGGAGAAGGUUUAGCUACCUAGUGAGAUAUGGUGGUUUCUUCUUUUGCAUCAGGAAGAGGAUGGUUAGUUACCUAGAGAGAUAUGGUGAUUUCCUCCCUGCACCAGAAGGAGAAUGUUUAGCUACCUAGUGAGAUAUGGUGGUUUCCUCCUUGCAUCAGGAGGAUGGUUAGAUAAUUAGUAAGUCAGUGGUUUUCUCCUUGCAUCAGGAGGAGAAUGGUUAGCUACCUAGUGAGAUACAGUGGUUUCCUCCUUGCAUCAGGAGAAUGGUUACAUACCUAGUGAGAUACAGUGAUUUCUCCCUUGCCUCAGGAGAAUGAUUACCUUCCUAAUGAGAUACAGUGGUUUCCUCCUUGCAUCAGGAGAAUGGUUAGCUGCCUAGUGAGAUAUGGUGGUUUAUAUGUAAAGUAAACUAAACUAGGCGCAUGAAACCUGUUUAGCAUUGUACUGGUGAAACAGUGGUCAGGUUAAUGAGUGAAGGAAUCUCGGCCGUUGACUUAAAAAAGAGUUAUGUCACAAAUGAUGGCAACCAAAAAGAAAAGUUUAUAACAUUAUCUGUUACCCAGCAUUACUUAUUUCACAGGUUGUAAGACAUAAGUUUUCAAAUAUAGUUUUCAGUUGUCAAGACAUUUUACCCUGAUUUUCCUCUGGGUUUUUCUUUCCUUUUAAAUUUUUGUGUUAACCAAACAGCUUCAACUUUUAUUUUCAUGAACAUGUGGAUGCAUGUAUAAAUACUUAUAAGUACAUAAGUAUUUUCAUUUUUCAUAGCUAAAAAUCAUCUCUCU